GCGGCACCGAGUGACAGCGCUGAGAGGCUUAAGAUCUCCGGAGCCGCUCGCCAUGGCUGGCCCGCAGCAGCAGCCCCCUUACCUGCACCUGGCCGAGCUGACUGCAUCCCAGUUCCUGGAAAUCUGGAAGCACUUUGAUGCUGACGGAAAUGGGUACAUUGAAGGUAAAGAGCUAGAAAACUUCUUCCAGGAGCUGGAGAAGGCCAGGAAAGGUUCUGGCAUGAUGUCCAAGAGCGACAAUUUUGGAGAGAAGAUGAAGGAGUUCAUGCAGAAGUAUGAUAAGAACUCAGAUGGGAAAAUUGAGAUGGCAGAGCUGGCGCAGAUCCUGCCAACCGAAGAGAAUUUCCUUUUGUGCUUCAGGCAGCACGUGGGCUCCAGCGCUGAGUUUAUGGAGGCUUGGCGGAAGUAUGACACAGACAGAAGUGGCUACAUCGAAGCAAAUGAGCUCAAGGGAUUUCUGUCCGACCUCCUGAAGAAGGCCAACCGUCCCUAUGAUGAACCUAAGCUCCAGGAGUACACCCAAACCAUACUACGCAUGUUUGACUUAAAUGGAGACGGCAAAUUGGGUCUCUCAGAGAUGUCUAGACUCUUGCCUGUACAAGAAAACUUCCUGCUGAAAUUUCAGGGUAUGAAGCUGACCUCAGAAGAGUUCAAUGCCAUCUUCACAUUCUAUGACAAGGAUGGAAGCGGCUACAUCGAUGAGAACGAGCUGGACGCCCUCCUGAAGGAUCUGUAUGAGAAGAACAAGAAGGAGAUGAAUAUCCAGCAGCUCACCACCUACAGGAAGAGCGUCAUGUCCUUGGCCGAGGCAGGGAAACUCUACAGAAAGGACCUGGAGAUUGUGCUUUGCAGUGAGCCCCCCAUGUAAAGGGGUGAAGGGACAGGGGCUGCUUCUGCACCUCCCCUAAACCCUGCCCCCCACUGCCCUGACUCUCUUGAAACUCCUUCCCAGACCUCUCCACCCCUGCAACCUGCACACACCAGCCUGUGGGGCAGGAAAGGAGAGAUGGAAAGAGGGUGGCUGGUAGCAUUCCUUUGAGCUGCACCAGCCCAACCCUGGCCUGACAGACAGCUGUGCCUGUGGUGGGUGGGUCACACGGUUGGUGGGUAGGGGCACAGGUGGGGCUUCCCUAGUCUCUUUGCUGUGAUGCAUGAGCUCCUUCGCUGUAUGAUUUAGGCUUCCGAGUCCAACAGAGUGCACUCCUUCCUCUUGCUGCACCAGCCUCCUUCUCCCCAGGCCCCCCACUGACCCCCGCAAUUUCCAGGUUCUGUCCACCGGCUUGCUAAUGAUAUAACUGUCUUCUCAGAGCUACUGUGGAGGGUCAUUGCCCUCUUCUUGUGUUCUUGACUUGUGUGUUCCUUUUAUUUUGGGGUUUCCCUGUCUUCUCGUUUACCAAAGAAGAGUUUACAGAGAAUAAAGUGGAAAUGUCCUGCCGUG